AUGGGCGGCAGAAUCGAUGCUUAUCUCGACAUUGCGUCGCUCUACAGCUACUUCGCCAUCGAGGAGCUCCUGAAGAAUAAGGACCGCCUCGCCGCUCACGGUGUUCAGCUUGACAUUCACCCCGUCCUCAUUGGUGCCAUCAAUGCUGGAUCCGGCAAUAAGCCCCCCUGGACCCUCCCCGCCAAAGCUACAUAUGGCAGCUUUGACAGCCACCGCUCUGCUGUCCGGGUCGGCCUCAACAACAUCGCACCCCCCGAGGACCUCAUGGCCGACUCGAUGACUGUCGUGCCCCUGCGUGCCUUGUAUGUCAUCAAAUCAACAUACGGGGAGGCUGCCUUCCUGGACACCUUUAGGUAUCUCUUUGAGGCCUUCUGGACGGCUCCGAACAAAAAGGUCGCGAAAGAGGCCGUUCUCGCCGAAGUGCUGGCUGAAGUGCCAGGCCCCCGUGGCGGCAAGCACUUCUCCGCCGACGACGUGAAGCGUAUCAUCAGCGGCGCGAAGACACAGGAGGCCAAGAACACCCUCAAGGCGCAGACGCAAAAGGUGGUUGACCAGGGCGCUUUUGGUGCGCCGUGGUUCUGGGUCACGAACCCCCAGGGCAAGGAGGAGCCGUUCUUCGGCAGUGACCGUUUCCACUUCAUCUACAAGUUUCUCGGCCUGCCCUUCCAGGAUAUUUCUCUGUUGCCGCCGGGGGAAGGCCGCCAAGCUGUG